UGCCUGAAACUCUACUGCGAUUGCUUCGCCACUGGGCUGUUCUGCAACGACGCGUGCAUGUGCAAAGACUGCGAGAACCGCACCGACACGCUCAACGCAGUGUUCAAGGCGCGCAAGUUCAUCAUGGUCAAGGACCCCACCGCCUUCAAGCCGAAGGUGCUGGACGCCAGCGGGGGCCAUGUCAAGGGCUGCGCCUGCCGCAAGUCGCGCUGCCUCAAGAAGUACUGCGAGUGCUUCCUCGUC